AUGGCGCUAACCCUUGACCAAGGGUGGAAGAUAUACGUAGGAACCUUGACCACAAUCGUGCCAGCUACUGUCGCGGUUGGUGCAAGGUUUCUGGCAAGAUGGAUAGGCGGUAUACAGUACUGGUGGGACGAUUGGAUGGUUUUGAUUGCCUUGGUCGAUUGCUGGGCAAUGACUGGUUUACGAUUAGCUGCAGUCAAAUAUUUCAGCCACGGGAAACAUGCAGCGGACUUGCCACAAGAAACCGUCGUUAAGUUUAACAAGAGCUUUAUAGCCGUCCAAAUGUUGUAUUUCGUCGAUGUUGUAGCCACAAAAGCAGCUUUCUUAUUCCUCUACUAUCGUAUCUUCGGCGUGAAUGUCUGGUUUCGCCGCACCCUCUAUUUUCUCGCAUUCUUACUCGUCGCGUUCAUAAUCGCGUGUCCAAUCGUCGCUGUGGCCGGAUGCCAUCCGGUAUUCUACUACUGGGACAAUAACCAGCCUGGUUCAUGUAUCAACGAGGUGGAAUUUUACCGGGGAAAUGGAAUUGCAAAUGUCAUUCUCGACUUUGUAAUCUUCUGUCUGCCCGUACCGAUGACCUUGCGUCUAAACACAACUGUUCGGCAGAAACUUAUCAUAUCUGGUAUCUUCAUUCUAGGAUUUUUUGUCUGUGCCGUUUCCAUUAUCCGCAUCGUCGCUUUUAACGGCUUUAAUCCGAAGGAUACAACUUGGAGCACUGUCGAAACAGCGAUGUGGUCUUCCAUCGAACAAGCCGUUGCCAUCAUUUGCAUGUGCUUGCUAACUCUUCGUCCUUUGUUCAGACGAUUCUACGGAUCUACGACAAGUAAACCCAAGCAAGAAAACGAUUUCCAUACAGAAACUCGCUGCAAAACAACAGGGAAUAACAUUACGCUUUCACAAUUUACUAACUCUGGCGAGCCCGAUGGUACCGCUGGAUUUGCAAGGUUAUCGAAUAUCUACGAUAUUGAUGAUGAUGAACAGUAA